AUAUUUACAUUUGUUGUGUUGUGAGGAAAAAAAAACUAGACCUCAUUUUGGACAAACUCAAAAUGCGAUAACUUGGAUUUUCCCCCUCGCGUCUUACCGGGCUUUAUGGAAUAAUGAGCCUUUUCAGAGCGGAAGUAAUACUCAGCUGACCUGAUGUCAACAUGUCAUUCCGAAGUAGCGCACUUUCCCUAGUGAAAUAAUGGGAGCAGCGGUGACUGGCAAACUGUUGAAGUAGGCUAUAGCUUAGCAAAUGCAAUGUUUCGGUUGCGUUAUGUACAUUAGUCGAACUCGGUAUCGAUUCAUAAUUAAAAAUCAUAAUAAUGGGAGAGCGGUCUGAUCGAUCACCACUUCUUGACUGGGAGGAGGUUGCAGCUGUGGAGGAACCCUCCUUGACAACCGAAGUUAACGAAAAUUCCCCCCGAGCAACCACAGUAAGUAGUAGAGCUCUUGGUAGCACGGUGCCUGGUACAGGAUGGAGCUCAAGUCCUAGAGAGGCUGUGGCCAGCGAACUGACCAGCUCAUACUCAGGUGUCCUUACGGAAAAGGCUGUAAGUUCGUGGGUCUGGCAAAAUGAACGUGAUCAACAGAAAGGAAGGCAGUAUGUGACAACCCGAAGAGACGUAGAAUGGAGCCGGAGACAGCAGGACCAAGUUAUUGCCGUAUUUGUGGUGACAUUUGAUACAAGAUCGGGUAAUAUGUUGGAAUGGUGCCUCCCACAAGAUUUUAACCUUGAUGGAGUCGAGUUCAAGUCCAUGGCCAGUGGUUCCCACAGAAUUGCCAGUGACUUUGUAUAUUUCCGGAAGGACUCUCACUUUGGCCUGGCGUGUUUUGCCAAUUUGCCGGUGGAGAGUGAACUGGAGAGGGGGGCACGGAUGAAGUCUGUGGGCAUCCUGUCUCCCUCCUACACCACACUCUACCGUCACAUGGCAUUCUUGGAGAACCAGGUCAGGGACCAGUUGAAUUGUCCAGGCCAGUACUCUGCUUUGGAGACUUUCUUUGACCAGAGGAAGGGUUUGCUUCCUGCCAGAACAGCACGGAACAACAUGGCUCCUGCCCUGUCAACUCACAAACACUUCCUGACCCCUGAUAUGAAGGUCACUCACCCGGAUGGAUGCAUGUCUCAGUUCGUGCAGUUCUUUGGAGAGCAGGUCAUGGUACUGUGGAAGUUUUCUCUGUUGAGGAGACGCAUAUUGAUCUUCUCCCCUCCUCCUGUAGGAGAAGUAUGCUUCAGAGUCUACAGCUGCUGUGCCUUAGCCAAUGUGCCUUUAUCUGGCAUCAGCAGAGGACUGCCUCCGUUUCGCCCAUACUUUUAUGUGAAUGUGACCGAUAUACACACUCUGGAGACAGAACUGUCAUAUGUGGCUUGUACAACAGAGAGGAUUUUUCAGGAGAAGAAGCACCUCUUUGAUAUCUACGUGGAGAAUCAGAGUGUGCAGACACACCGGGACAGCUUGCAACCACUGCUACGGCUCACCAGCUCUGACCGAGAGAAGUACAAGAGACUCCAGGAGAAGAGAAGGAGGCUGGUGGGACACUCCAGCUACACUGAAGAGGAUCUCUUCAUUUUGUUUUUCUCUGAGCUGAACACUAAGAUUUUCCAGACGCUUCUGGAGGUGGCGUCCAGUGUGGAUCGAGCCCUGACCGAGCAGCACGUGCGGAGGAUGGGCCUGGACCCCCAGGCCGACCAUAAGUUCCUAGUGCACAUCCUGGAGACAUACGGCAUCGACGUCAUGCUCAUGAUCGACCCCUCCUGUUGCUUCUGAAGCAAUGGCAGAUGGGAUAGCCAGAAGAAAAAAAGUUUUUGAGGUCCUCCUCUCACAACCUGUCAAGGCCUGUACACUGUUGUAAAGUUGUCAAAUAAGCCCAGGACUGCUGUUUAUAGAGACAGUUUCAAUGGCAGUACAUAUAGCUGCCACUACGUGCCUAUCUGUAACUCUUAAAAAGGUUAAGCAACAGCAUGGGUAAGAUCUCCCUGCACAGACUGAGAUGUAUUGGCCAAUAAGGACACUACUGAUCCUACACAGUUCCACUCUGAUUCUAUGUAGAUUUUUAAACCUUUACAUGUAUCAUACUGUACCUUCUUUACUUGUUCCUUUGCAAUAGAGUCGAAUGUCUUCUUUCAUAUGUUAUUUUUACACUGUGUCUGAUGAAUAAAUCUGGCGUUAG